AUGCUCGACAAGUCGAACCCAGAUAUCUGCAUGGGCUCAGGUGUCUGUUACUCCCAAACAGAUGACUACGAGGGCUCCAUGUACAUUAAUGGUUGUACGGACAAAACGGGCAAGGCGAAAGACUGUGCACAAUUGUGCAAUCCCCCCUCCCACAAAGGUGCCAACAGCUUGGACGUUCUAGAGUGCGCCCGAGGAUGCCCUCAUCACAACUGGCUUGGGAAAACUCAUGGUGGCCGCCAAGACGGUGACGGUAUCAUCGGGGGCGACGGCAGCAGCGACAUCAUCAACAAUUACGCCGACUGCAACACCGAAUUUGAAUUCGUCGUCGAUCGCGGCAGAAUGCCCAAGGAGCAAUGGAGCUGUGAUCGGAGGGGCGAGUCCUGGGAAGAUUAA